GAGCCUUUAGAAGAAGUUAAAAAUAUAUACAUAUGGCUAAACCACAAAGCUUCUACGCUGUGUGCUUGGCAUUUUCUUUAGUGUUUAAUUUAUUACUGAGCUUCAGACUCUAUGUGGAUGUGGGUGGAAAUUGGGAACUGAGUUGGAGCAAAAGAGCAGCAGAAGAAGCUGAGCACGUGGCAACCAUCUCUUGCUCAGGGCAUGGAAGAGCCUACUUAGAUGGCCUAAUUCUUGACGGGAAGGAACCUGUUUGUGAGUGCAAUUCCUGCUAUGAAGGCCCUGACUGCUCUUUGUUUUUAACUGGAUGUGCAGCAAACGCUGACAGUGGGGACCCAUAUUUCUUGGAGCCUUUUUGGACGAAACAUGCAUCAAAAAGUGCAGUUUUAGUAGCAGGAUGGCAUCGAAUGAGCUAUGUCUUCCCUGAUCAAUCUCGCGUCUCAGCAGAGCUUGAGAGGCACAUCCGCGAAAUUCAUACCAUUGUCGGAAAUGCGGUCACUGAAGGGAGAUACAUUGUUUUUGGUGCUGGCUCAACCCAACUUCUCAAUGCUGCAGUUAACGCGCUGUCGACUUCCAAUAACUUCAACUCUUCACCUUCAAGUGUUGUAGCUUCAAUUCCUUAUUACAGUCUUUACCAAAUGCAAACGGAGUUUUUCCGAUCAAUGGACUAUAUGUUUCAAGGAGAUGCUGCCUUGCUGCAGAACACUUCGGAUGCUACUAAAAAUGUUGUUGAGUUUGUAACCUCACCAAACAAUCCAGAUGGGCAGCUGAAGAAGGCAAUUUUUCAAGGCCCGAAUGCUAAAGCAAUCUAUGAUCGUGUAUACUACUGGCCACAUUUUACAGCAAUUCCUGCUCCAGCGGAUGACGAUCUCAUGAUAUUUACAAUUUCUAAGCUCACUGGCCAUGCCGGUACUAGAUUCGGGUGGGCAUUGGUUAAGGAUGAGUCUGUGUACCAAAGGAUGACCCAGCAUAUACUCAUGAGUAGCUUAGGUAUUUCUCGAGAUGCUCAGCUAAGAGCUUUGAAGCUUCUAAAUGUCGUCCUUGAAACUGGAGGCAGGGAAAUCUUUGAGUUCGGAUACCAUACUUUGAAGAAACGCUGGGAAAAUUUGACAAACAUCCUGUCUCUGUCAAACCGCUUUACUCUUCAAAAGUUCGAACCCAAAUACUGCAACUUUUUCAAGAAUAUUAGAGACCCUUCACCAGCUUAUGCAUGGGUGAAGUGCGAGAGGGAAGAGGAAGAUUGCUAUGAAGUUCUGAAACAAGAAGCGAAUGUUUAUGGUCGUCCAGGUGCUGAAUUUGGAGCUGAAGAUCGAUAUGUUCGUCUCACCCUCUUAAGGAGCCAAGAUGAUUUUGAUUUAUUGCUUCAGCGACUCAACCAAUUAGUCUUGGAUGAAAGGAAGAGCAAAAUAAUUAUUUCUUCUCAAGUUGGGGGUCAAUACGUGACAUAAUCUGCUACAGAGAAACAUUGCAGAAAUAUAGUAGAGCACUACUCGUGCUCCCUUAUCUACGUUUGUAGAAAUAUAGGAGAGCACUACUUGUGCUCCCUUAUGUACGUCUAUAUGUAUUUAGUCUCGGAAGAAAGACAAAGCCAACAAACCAUAUGUAAACCAUUUGAUCGCAAAAUAGCUACCUCACAAUCUUUGUGAGCACCUUUUUUUUCCUGUAACUCUCUUAAACAGAAUUCCUCAGUUCUGUCAA